UGCCCCAGGUAUUAUUGCCUCAGGUAUCACUCACCUCUUGCGCAUCCAUGAUCGGCCGCACUGGUGGUGCAGGAGAGACUGCUUGGUGUCACCCAGAUUUGCGUUACCCUUUGGACAAUUAGGCCAUGAACCUGGACUUGUGCAGCUGGUGAAUUACUACAGGGGAGCAGACAAGCUGUGCCGCAAAGCGUCUCUGGUGAAGCUAAUCAAGACAAGCCCUGAACUAUCGGAGUCCUGCACAUGGUUCCCCGAGUCGUAUGUGAUUUACCCAACAAACUUGAAGACCCCUGUGGCUCCAGCACAGAAUGGAAUUCGCCAUCUCAUAAACAACACACGGACAGAUGAGCGGGAAGUCUUCUUGGCAGCUUACAACAGGCGGCGGGAAGGCAAAGAAGGCAAUGUGUGGAUCGCCAAGUCCUCAGCUGGUGCCAAAGGGGAAGGGAUCAUGAUUUCUUCAGAGGCUGCAGAGCUCCUGGACUUCAUCGAUGAGCAGGGACAAGUGCAUGUGAUUCAGAAAUACCUGGAGAAGCCUCUGCUUUUAGAGCCAGGGCAUCGCAAGUUUGACAUCAGGAGCUGGGUUCUCGUGGAUCAUCAAUAUAAUAUCUACCUCUACAGAGAGGGUGUCCUGCGGACCUCUUCCGAACCAUAUAACAGUGCUAAUUUCCAGGACAAAACCUGCCACUUGACCAAUCACUGCAUUCAGAAGGAAUAUUCCAAAAACUACGGGCGGUAUGAGGAAGGGAACGAAAUGUUCUUCGAGGAGUUCAACCAGUAUUUGAUGGAUGCCCUGAACACAACGCUUGAGAACAGCAUCUUACUGCAAAUCAAACACAUAAUAAGAAGCUGCCUUAUGUGUAUAGAGCCUGCAAUCAGCACGAAGCAUCUGCACUACCAGAGCUUCCAGCUCUUCGGCUUUGACUUCAUGGUGGAUGAGGAGCUGAAGGUCUGGCUGAUAGAAGUCAACGGGGCCCCGGCGUGUGCCCAGAAGCUGUAUGCAGAGCUCUGCCAAGGAAUUGUGGAUGUAGCCAUCUCUAGUGUUUUCCCCCUCAACGACACUGGGCAGAAGACGAGCCAGUCAUCAUCAAUCUUUAUCAAGCUGUGACGGCGACAGAAAUGCCUCUGCUGUGCACAGGGAAGGAGUGCACCCAUCGGGUCAGCACAGUUCGAUGGCUUAUCUCAGUAUCAUGCCAAAAAGUGAUAGAGACAGGCUGCUGCUUUUCUGGGAAAUCAUGGGAGAAAACAACAAAACAGGCAUCUACACAGAGCUGCGAUGAGCCAGAGCUGCUCACAUAACUCUGCCUGCAUUCACCAAAAUCCACUUUAGAAACAGCUCGUGUGACUUUGAUACCUGAAACAAAUCUCUCUGGGAGAACAACAGAAUAACCUUAAAAUGAAACCCCAACAGGGAUACU